CAGUUCGUAUGUGGCAAUUUGGCUAAGUAGGCGAAGAAUUCACUCUAUUUUUCCGAAUUACGAAUGAUUCUUCGAAUAAUAUCAUAAUUAUGUUUCAAAGAAUAAUCUGCAAUGCUGUUUCUUAAUAUAUUGACUUUAUGGAAGUCCUUCACCAUGUUACAUUUAUUAUUAUUGCUGAUGUGUACUUCACAUGUUUCACCUGGUGCAAAUGAUCUCCAUUUCUAUGAUGGCUCUUCAACGGCUGACAUCAUUGCUGGAGAUGUUUUCUUCGAGAUUGUGGAUCCUCCCGAGUUGAGCUACUCCUUUCGGAUUCGACCAGCAAAAGACUUUGGAGCUCCUUUUAACCAGAGCUUUCAGUUCGAGAAAGCCCGUUUAGUGCCAACUGUACCCAUCCAUAGUUGCUCAGAUAUUUUGAAUACUGAUGAGCUCACCGGCCAUAUUGCGUUGUCUGAGAGAGGUGAAUGCUCAUUCGUGUUCAAGACUGUGAAGGCCCAGCAGGCUGGUGCCAGAGCAAUGAUCAUCACGGAGUCCGUGGACAAGUGGGAGGACUCGAUGGACCAUCUCAUUGAAAUGGUGGAUGACAGGAUGGAUACAGAUGUAAACAUCCCUGCAGGUUUUCUGCUCGGCCGCAGUGGCGCCACCAUCCUGCGAACGCUGCGCCGGCUCAAGAGGAACUACGCGAUCGUCAACCUACCCAUCAAUAUGACGCAUGUACCCAUUAGCAAAAUGAACCAACCCCCUUGGAUUGCGUGGUAAAGCUUUCGUACAUAGUAAAAAGGUACCUUUUGGUAUUUAGAAGAAUGGAGAGUGGGAAAACCACAUGGGUUGGUUAUUCAGGCGAUAUGCAAUAUUAUGAAAGGUUCAAUACGAAAUUAA